AUGUUUGUUCCUUCAAUGCCAACAGAACAAGCGUCUUUUAUUGAGGAUAAUUUUGAAAAUGAACCUCCACUGUUGGAAGAGUUGGGAAUUAAUUUUGAACAUAUUAGACUGAAAACACUUGCUGUGUUGAAUCCGUUGGGGACGGCGAAGGAAGAGGUAAUUGAGGAUCAGGACCUUGCCGGUCCUCUCGUUUUUUGUCUUUUAUUUGGCGCUUCUUUGCUUUUACAUGGAAAGUUACAUUUUGGACAUAUUUACGGAAUUGGAUUAGUCGGAUGUACAGGAAUGUAUGCUCUUUUAAAUUUAAUGGCACAAGAAGGAAAGUCUAUAACAUUUACAAACACUGCAAGUGUUUUGGGUUAUUGUCUUUUGCCAAUGUCUUUAUUGUCUUUAAUUGCUGCUGUUCUUUCUUUACAGGGUUUAAUUGGUUAUAUAUUUGUUACAUUAGCUGUAUUAUGGAGUGGAUCAUCCUCUUCUAAAUUAUUUUCAAUUGCUCUAUCAAUGAAUGGUCAAAGACUGUUAGUUGCCUAUCCUUGUGUUUUACUUUAUUCUGUUUUUGCUCUUCUUGCUAUAUUUUAG